CCCCACAUUCCACCCACCUUCCUGGAGGUAUUCACACACACACACUCUGGCAAAGCGCUGAUGUCCGCCUUCUGUGGGCUGUGCUCUUUCCUCUGUGUCUGGUUGGCUGGCUGUGCCUCUACUGGUGCCCGCCUGGGGGUCCUAGGAUGCUUCUGCUUCCAGGCAUCUCUUGGCUCACGGUGGCCAGUGGUGCCAGUCUAACUGCCGGGCAGCGCCCACGGCAGUGUCCUGGGAGCAUCUUGAUGAAGCUGUUGGAGAGCUUUCUGCACUUUUCCAGUGGGUUCUAUCUGAACUCUUGGGUUCUAGCCUUAGCUUUGUCACUACAGUGGUCCUACCUGAGCCAUGAUUUCACCUUCAAUGGUUCCUGUUACCCAGGGUCAACCAGGGUCUGAAAAUACUAAAUGGGAAAUUCUAGAAAUAAACAAUUCAUAAGCUUUCAAGUGUGUACCGGUCUGAUCGGCGUGACGAAAUCUCGCGCUGUCCUGCUCCCUCUUGCCCAGGAAGUGAGUCACCCCCUUUCUCCAGCCCCUCCCACCGUUAGUCAUGUAGUAGCUGUCUUGGUUACCAGAUGGACUGUCCUGGCAUCGCAGUGCUUGUGUUCAAGGGACCCUUAUUUUACUUAACACUGUCCCCACGGUGCAACGGCGGUGAUGCUGGAAAUUCACAUUUGCCAAAGGAAAGCCAUAAGGUGCUUCUUUUGAGUGAAAAGGUGAAACUUAAAGAAAGAAAAAAAACCGUAUGCUAAGGUUGGUAAGAUCUACGGCAAGAGCGAAUCUUUUCUCCAUGAAAUUGUGAAGAAGGGAAAAGAAAUUUUUGCUGUUUUUGCUGUCACACCUCAAACUGCAGAAGCUACAGCCACAGUGAAUGAUAAGUGCUCCAUUAAGAUGGCAGAGGCAUUCAGUUUGUACAAUAAAAUAUUUUGAGAGAGACUCAUUCACAUAACUUUUAUUACAAUAUAUUGUUAUAACUGUUCUAUUUGAGUUUUAGUUAACAUUAUUAAUCUCUCACGGUGCCUAAUUUGUAAAUUAAACUUAAUCAUAAGUAUGUAUAGGAAAAAACAUCGUAUAUAUGGGGUUCGGUACUACGUGUGGUUUCAAGCAUCCACUGGGGGUCUUGAGUGUAUCCCCUGUGGACAAGGGGGUCAACUGUGUUUGCUAAGUGACUCCAGACAGCUGGGCUUCCAUUUCCUUACCUGAAAUGAGAACUAGGUGGUCUUGAAGGCCCCUCCCAGCUCUUGGUGGCCUGUAAUUCUGCCUUACGGUUCCACAAAGUCUCCAUCCUGCCCGAGCGUCCCCCUGACCUGUGGGCAGCCCCAGCCCCCAGUGGACAGCAGUGCUGACCACUGAGCUCUGAUUCUCCCCCCCAAACCCUCGGCGACUCCUUGCCCCUCUGCGUGGCUGUGAAUGCACGUGCGUCUCCCUCAUUCUCACCGUGGUUUGGCUGUUACCUUCCCAGGGUAUGGCAGCUGGAGAGAAUUGGCCAAGGCUCUGGCCAGCAGGAACAUUCCGGCUGUGGAUCCAAAUCUCCAGUUCUACCGUCCCCAGAGGCUGGGCCUCAAGGACCAAGACUCUGCGAGAGGUGGCGGGGGGAACAGCAGCUACCUGAAGUGGAAUAAGCCGGUCCCCUGGCUGUCAGAGUUCCGGGGCCGCGUCAACCUGCACGUGUUUGAAGACUGGUGCGGCAGCUCCAUGCAGCAGCUGCGGAGGGACCUCCACUUCCCCCUGUACCCACACAUCCGCACAACCCUGAGGAAGCUGGCCGUGUCCCCCAAGUGGACCAACUACGGCCUCCGCAUCUUUGGCUACUUGCACCCCUUCAGCGACGGGGAGAUCCAGUUUGCCAUCGCCGCCGAUGACAACGCAGAAUUCUGGCUGAGCCGUGACGACCAGGUCUCAGGCCUGCAGCUGCUGGCCAGUGUCGGCAAGACUGGAAAAGAGUGGACUGCCCCUGGAGAGUUCGGAAAAUUUCGGAGUCAAAUGUCCAGGCCAGUGAGCCUGUCAGCCGCCCGCAGGUACUACUUCGAGGUGCUACACAAGCAGAACGACCAGGGCACCGACCACGUGGAAGUCGCGUGGCGACGGAAUGACCCCGGGGCCAAGUUCAGCAUCAUUGACUCCGCUUCCCUGUCCCUCUUCACAAAUGAGACAGUCCUGAGGAUGGAUGAGGUGGGCCACAUCCCGCAGACAGCAGCCAGCCAUGCAGGCUCCCCAGACCCUCUUCCCACUGAUGAGCAGCCCCUGGCCGACAUGCUGCGGCCCGACCCUCGGGACACCCUCUAUCGAGUGCCACUGAUCCCCAGGUCCCAGCUCCGCCGCGUCCUGCCCGACUGUCCCUACAAGCCCAGCUACCUGGUGGACGGGCUUCGUCUGCAGCGCUACCAGGGACUCCGGUUUGUUCACCUGUCCUUUGUUUACCCCAAUGACUACACCCGCCUGAGCCACAUGGAGACCCAUAAUAAGUGCUUCUACCAGGAAAACUCCUACUACCAGGACAGGCUCAACUUUCAGGACUACAUCAAGAUUGACCAGCCUCCGAAGCAGGGGCCGGAGCAGCCAGCAGGCUCCGAGGAAGGCCUUCUAGAAGAAUCCCAGUACGGAGAAGCGGCAGAGGACACCCCUGCCCCUGACGGCCAGAACGCCAGGACACCGGAGGGGAAGCAAGGGCCCCCGACGGCCCCCGGGCAGGACGCCACCAACCGCCGCCUCCGAAGCCUGCGGAGGCUUCUGGCUCGGCCGCAGGGGGGCCUGGUGGUGCCCCCUCCCACGCAGAACUCCACAGCCCCCUUCCCAGCAAGGACCAGCGCCAUCCCGGCCCAGCCAGCAGAGAAGAAGGCCAGGAAGCCCAACCCCGAGCCCCACCAGGCUCCACGGCAUCCUGACAAGUGGCCCCCGGGACGCCCAGCAGGGCACCCGCCUCCAGUGAAGAGGCCCAGACCCGCGGGUGGCAGCCCCGGGAAGACGCUGGGGCAGUCCCAGUGGCUGAGUCAAGUUGAGUCAUACAUUGCAAAGCAGAGAAGGGGCGACAGGACGGAGCCUCCGGACCCCAGGAGGGCUUGGCCUAAGGAGGCGGAGGAGGUGUUGGCCGCGGCUGGCGGCCAGGAAGGACGAGCGGAGGGAGAGGACGAGGGGGAAGAAGAGGAGGAGGAGGUGAGGGAGGUGUUGGAAUACCUGUCCAUGUUCGACCCGGUGGUGAACUGGGACCAGACCUUCAGUGCCAGCAACCUCGACUUCCAAGCCCUGCGGACCGACUGGAUUGACCUGAGCUGUAACACAUCUGGCAACCUGCUGCUUCCCGAGCAGGAGGCGCUCGAGGUCACGCGGGUCUUCUUGAAGAAGCUUAACCAGCGCAGCCGGGGGAGGUACCAGCUGCGGCGCAUCGUGAACGUGGAGAAGCGUCAGGACCACCUCCGUGGGGGCCGCUACCUGCUGGAGCUUGAGCUGCUGGAACGAGGCCAGCACCUGGUGCGGCUCUCGGAGUUCGUGUCCACGCGUGGCAGGCAGGGCGUCGAUGCCGCUGGUGGGGAAGAGGCCGAGGCCCGGAACCUGCAAGGCCUGGUGUGGAGCCCACACGACCGCCAGAGACAUGUCCUGAGUGCCCGGGCCCCGGAGCCCAAGCUGUGCUGGCCCCAGGGCUUCUCCUGGAACCACCACGCCGUGGUCCACUUCGUUGUGCCGGUAAAGAACCAGGCGCGCUGGGUGCAGCAAUUCAUCAGAGACAUGGAGACCCUGUUCGGUGUCACCGGCGACCCGCACUUCAACAUCAUCAUCACCGACUACAGCAGCGAGGACAUGGACGUCGAGAUGGCCCUGCGAAGGUCCAGGCUGCGGAGCUACCAGUACAUGAAGCUAAGUGGGAACUUCGAACGCUCAGCCGGGCUUCAGGCUGGCGUGGACCUGGUGAAGGACCCGCACAGCAUCAUCUUCCUCUGUGACCUCCACAUCCACUUCCCAGCUGGAAUCAUCGAUACCAUCCGGAAGCACUGUGUGGAGGGCAAGAUGGCCUUCGCCCCCAUGGUCAUGAGGCUGCACUGCGGCGCCACUCCCCAGUGGCCUGAGGGCUACUGGGAGGUGAAUGGCUUUGGGCUGCUCGGCAUCUACAAGUCAGACCUGGACAGGAUCGGGGGCAUGAACACCAAGGAGUUCCGAGACCGCUGGGGUGGAGAGGACUGGGAGCUGUUGGACAGGAUCCUCCAAGCAGGCCUGGAAGUGGAGCGUCUCUCCCUCCGGAAUUUCUUCCAUCACUUCCAUUCCAAGCGAGGCAUGUGGAACCGCCGCCAGAUGAAGACGCCGUAACCCCGGGGGUGGCCCGCUGGACCCACCGCUUCCAGCCCCUGCACCACGGUGGCCUGGCCAGUGCCCACUUGCUGCCGGAGGGAAGGAGAGAGGGGAGCAGGGGCCGCGCUGGGCCCGAGGGGCCUCCGAGCCGACACCCCCUGCGCCGGCAGCCGUCCUCCAUGGGAGGAGGCCAAGGCCUCUCCCCACCUCUGGGCCUCCGGGGCCAGAAGAUGGGAAAGAGACGGGACAGCUCCUGGAACGGGCAGCGGAACCGGGUUGAGGAAGGAAAGCCCUACCUGGGCGACACCACCCUGACCGGGAGGUGCCUU